ACCAGCGCAAGAACAUUCUUCGCUUAUACAGUGAGCCGGAUGAGUAUUUUCUGACAAGACUGUUUCUAUGAACUCUCGAGACUUAAUCUGAAUUCUUAUUAAAUCAAUAUUGAUAUUGUUUUUUCUUUUAAUUUUCAGUGGAUUGUGUUCAUCUGUUUCUUUGUUUUAAAACAGAACUAGCUGUCAGUGCUUCAAGUGCCGUUUUCUUAUUUUUCAGCACACAGUUUUGGACAUUUCUGUAUUGACCAUUAACAUGGCAUCCACAAUUGUUUGUUAUAUAUUUUUCUUAGUAAAUCUUAUGUCUCAGUUAGCUACGGGUGAGCUAAACGAGGAAGAGGAGACCGUGCCAGUAAACCUUACAUUCAGAAAAGGUGUUUUUUGGAGGAAUGAAGAGAGACAGCGUUUUAGGAUCAAUGCGUUUGGUCAAUUUUUCCUGCUUGACCUGACGCCGGAUAGCAGGUUCGUGUCUCCAUCAUUAAACGUCCAGCGCAUAAAUGCAAAAAACCUCCCAGCCGUUCUGGACGCCUCCAGGAGCGGAGGUGUCUUCAGGGAUGUGACCCAGUCCGGAGACAACGGCGCGGAGACUGUUCUACAAGUCAGAGACUGUUUCUACAAAGGAACGGUCAACUCUGAUAAGGAAUCGGUAGUUGCUGUCAGUUUAUGUCACGGCAUCCAGGGUACUUUCAUAACACAAGGGGACGAGUACUUUAUUCAGCCUAAAGCAAGUGCCAAGACCACCGGCAAAUCUUUUCCGCAGGUGCACGUCGUUAAAAGGCGAGCCUUUUCCAGCAGUCGCAGAGCGUCAAAUAUGGUCUUUGAUCAAGAGAAAUUUGACAGUUUUGUAAAAAAGAGCAACCUGAACUCUAGUGAAGACGAAGACGGCAAAGCGAGACGCGCGAAAAGAUUCGUCUCAGCUGCGAGAUACAUCGAGACCCUGGUAGUUGCCGACGCUUCUAUGACACGUUUCUAUGGAGACGAGAUAAAGCACUACCUCCUGACAGUGAUGUCCAUGGCAGCACAGAUCUAUGUGCAUCCUAGCCUGAAAAAUGCUGUUAGUCUGGUGGUAGUGAAGAUGGUGGUUGUGGAGGAUGAGGAAGUGGGACCUGAGCUUUCAAGCAACGGUGGUGUUGCCCUGCGCAACUUCUGCAGGUGGCAACAACUUUUCAACCCAGGCAGUCAGAGGCAUCCUGAACACUAUGACACUGCCAUCUUGUUUACUAGAGAGGAUAUUUGCGGAUAUAAGGAUUGUGACACUCUGGGUGUAGCUGAUAUUGGCACUAUGUGUGACCCCAAAAGAAGCUGCUCAGUCAUAGAGGACAACGGCCUUCAGGCAGCUUUCACUGUGUCACAUGAACUCGGCCAUGUACUCAGCAUGCCACAUGAUGAUUCCAAAAUCUGUGAGAAGUUGUUUGGGCAUCUCAAUGGGCAUCAUAUGAUGGCUCCUUUCUUCGUCCACCUCAACAAAACUCUUCCCUGGUCCCCAUGUAGUGCACUCUACAUUACAGAGUUCUUCGACAAUGGCCACGGUGACUGUUUGCUGGAUCCACCCGAGAAGAGCAUCCCUUUACCUACAGAGCUCCCCGGCCGUAUGUUUGGUCUGGACCGGCAGUGCCAGCAAGCUUUCGGGGACGAAUAUACCCACUGUCCCAAUGCUCCUGAAGAUCAGGCUUGUGCACAGCUGUGGUGUCGAGAGGAAGGAAAGAUACAGUGCACAAGCAGGAAUGGAAGCCUUCCCUGGGCCGACGGUACUCCUUGCGGGGAGGACAGGAGAUGUCGUGAGGGUUCAUGCGUGUCGAGUGCACUGGAGGAGGCGGGAGAAGAGAAGGUGCCAGUCAAUGGUGGCUGGGGAGAGUGGGGCCCUUGGGGGCCGUGUUCACGGACAUGUGGUGGGGGUGUGGAGUUUUCUCACCGCGAGUGCACUGCUCCAGUGCCACAGAACGGGGGCUCAUACUGUGUGGGACAGAGGGUCAAAUACCAGUCCUGCAAUACUCAGACAUGCCCAGAGGACCAUGGAAAAAGCUUCAGAGAGGAGCAGUGUGAAAAGUAUAACACUGACCGUUACUUGGACAUUCAAGGAAACAUGAAGCAGUGGAUCCCCAAAUAUUCCGGUGUCUCGCCACGAGACCGCUGCAAACUCGUCUGCCGAGCCAAAGGGAGCAAUGAAUUUAAAGUUUUUGAAGCCAAGGUCGUGGAUGGCACCACCUGUGGGCCAGACACCACAUCUAUCUGUGUUCAGGGCCAGUGCAUCAAAGCCGGUUGUGACCAGGUGAUAGGCUCCAAUGAAAAGCCGGAUAAGUGCGGUAUCUGCGGAGGUGACAGCACGAACUGUAGGAAAAUAAGCGGCUCAUUAAACAAAGCUACUAUUGGCUACACUGAUAUUGUUACCAUCCCUGCUGGAGCGACUAAUAUUGACAUAAAACAGCGCAGCCAUCGAGGCAUCGCACACGACGGUAACUACUUGGCAGUAAAGGUGGAAGACGGAACCUACAUCCUGAAUGGGAAUUUCUCAGUGUCUAUGGCAGAGCAGGACAUCCCAGUGUCUGGUGCCAUGCUUCGCUACAGCGGCUCUUCCACCACCUUGGAGCGACUCCUCAGCUUUCACAGACUUCGGAAGCCCAUCACCAUCCAGCUGCUGUCCACUGCUGGGGACACCUCACCCCCUAGAAUCAAGUAUACUUUCUUUUUGCCGAGGGAUGUGCCUUUUAGCAAGCCUGACACAGAGAGCAGGAUUUCGCCACAUGUCAUCUUGCCCUUUGGGGGAGCUGACUGGGUCCUGGGUGAGUGGUCGGAGUGCUCCAAGAGCUGUGGUGCUGGAUGGUCCAGGAGAAGCGUGGAGUGUAGAGAUGGGGAGGGAUCCAUGUCUUACCUUUGUGAUGUCGACCUAAGACCGGCAGACAUCCGGCCCUGUGGGGAUCUGCCCUGUCCCAUGUGGCAAAUGGGGCCGUGGUCAGCGUGCUCACGGACUUGCGGAGUCGGACAGCGCCACCGCACUGUAGUCUGCAUGGACUACACGGGCAAGGUUCUAGAGCAUGAGAAGUGCAACCCAGACAAGAGGCCAGAGGUAGUUGUAGCAGAAUGUUUUUACCAGGACUGCUAAAGCUGACAUUGUGUGCAGUAGUAGAGAAUGAGGAGGUGGUGGGAUCCGUAGUGACUGAGAAAAAGCUUCAGAAACAAGCUAAGAAGCUCUUGGGGAUAGAGCAUUAGAUUGGAGAUCACUUGUCAAGCAUAACCAGGACAUUUGAUAUGAGUUAUUAUCUAUAUCAUGGUUUAAUCUAAUUCUCUGUCUUUUAACCACAAAGGUAACCUCCCACGGAGAUCUACCUCAGUCAAUACAAGCUUCAUGAUGUUCACAGUUGUUUAGAGAGGAGUCCGUUGGAAAACAUUUGCACAAACCUGCUGAAAUGAGUCCAAAUUAAGGUACCUAAAGGUGGUCACAUAAAUGAUUCGAGUCAGAUCAUCCACCUUUCUAGAACUGUCCACAACUGACUGCAUUUUAGUAUCUUUAUACAUGCUAGACUAAUUGAUUUCACACAUUUAUUUUAAUUGCCAGCUUAUGUUUUGUAGCAUUGAGUCUGUUUUGUAUUAAUAUCUACUACUUUUAAUACUGGUAUCACCCUCAAAGGCUUUCAGAUUUUCCAUAUUGCAACACUGGAGGAAACAGCAUUUGGAAGUACAGUCCUUUACUGGUCUCACAAUAGCUGUAUGUGAACAACGUACACAGAUAAGAGCUGUUGGAAUAGAUACAAAUAUGCUAAUUUUACCUUUAAAAUGUUGCCUGGUUAUGACUGUUGAUUUGGAUGAAUGAUUUUAGUUUGUAUUGAAGAAUCAAAGUGGAAUUGCCUUCUCUCACACACUGUUGGUCUUUCUGUACAUAUAAAGCCAUGAGGCAACAAGCUAUCCCAGUUUGAGAGCAACAGUGUAAAGACUGCAAAGUGUGCCUUUAAUUAAUUCAUUAAUUUGUCUAUUGGCAUCCACUGGUGCACAUUACUUAAAAGGGAUCAUUUAAUAUAACCGAUACUGGCAUAUGUGAGUUUACAGGAGAAAGUAAUUUAUUGCUAAAUGUUCAUUUAGAAGUGGAUAAUUACUGUAUAUUAUUGGACACACAUGUGCCCUCAAGAUAAUUGCAAUGAUUACUAAGACACAAAAAGAAAAAAAUACAUUUCCUGUGAAAGACACAUUGAGAUUGCAUGCAUCUUUGCAAUCUAUAUUCUGUUAAUUUGUCCUUACUCUUCCAAGCUUUAGUUGACACUGUAUAAAUGCAUUUAAAAAUCGAUCACCCACACACCCAUUAUAAGAAAGAAGAGAAAAACUAAUCUGAAUGUUGUUAAUAAAUAGUAUUUUAUUUAAUGAGACAACUAGGCAAACAGUUCUAACGCAGCAGUUCUGAGCAGACAUGGCUGAUACUUCUGAAAUUUUCCCUUUAGCCAUACGAUCACUGAUAUUUGUUGCAAGAGCCAUUUCACAUAUGGCAAAAUUACAUUUAAUUUGAUACUUGCAAAUUUUCUUAGAACCUGUAAAAAACUGAAAAUAUGAGAGAAAAGAUUUGCAUUCCAUUUGAGUCAAAAGUAUGCAAGUUUUGAAAUGGUGCAUAUUUGAAACUAAAGCAUUCUAUCCCUUCAGUGAAGGUCUGCACAAUGCUAUUGUUAUAGCUUCCUUUUACAAGCUAUUUAUUUUUCUACCUUCAACACCUAAUGUUUUUUUUUCUUGAUGCUGCUGUCUGUCUUGUACAUGAUUGAUGUAAAGAAUUUAAAUCAAUUAAAUGU